AUGAAAGUUAUUGAUAAAAUUAAAAAGGCUGAGGCCGAGAAUCGCUUCUUCUGGUCUUUCGAGUAUUUCCCCCCGAAAACCCCUCAGGGUGUGCAAAAUCUGUAUGACCGUAUGGAGAGAAUGCAACGUCUUGGCCCCGAGUUCAUCGACGUUACUUGGGGUGCCGGAGGUACAUCGUCUGAAUUGACCACCGAAAUGGUCGCUACCGCUCAAUCCGUUUAUGGUCUCGAAACCAUGAUGCACUUGACAUGUACCAAUAUGGAAGUGUCAAAAAUUGACACCGCUUUAAAGGCUGCUAAAGAGUGCGGCUGUCAAAACAUCUUGGCCUUGCGUGGCGAUCCACCCAAAGGACAGUUGAAUUGGGAAUCGUGUGAGAAUGGAUUCUCCCAUGCCGAGGACCUCGUUCGUUACAUCCGCAAGCAGUAUGGUGAUUAUUUUUGUAUUGCGGUUGCUGGCCAUCCUGAAGGUCACAUCGAUAAUCCCGACAAGGAAGACGAUUUACUGCAAUUGAAAAAGAAGGUGGACGCCGGUGCAGAUUUGAUUGUCACUCAAUUGUUUUUCGACGUGGAGAUGUUCUUGGAUUUUGUCAAACGCUGCAGAGACAUUGGUAUCACAUGUCCCAUUUUGCCGGGUGUGUUGCCCAUUCAAAAUUAUAACGGUUUGAAGCGCGUCAUUUCCUUCAACAACAACCAUGUUCCUCAAAAAAUCUGGGAUGACCUCGAACCUAUCAAGGACGAUGAUGCCGCCGUCAAGGAGUAUGGUAUCAACCUGACUAUCGAAUUCAUCCGUCGCUUCUGGGAAGCCGGCAUUCUUGGGUUCCACAUCUACACUUUCAACCUUGAACGAAGCACACGCAUUAUCCUGGAACGUCUCAACUUGGUCCCUUCACUGGACCAAAUCAAACCUUUGCCUUGGAAUCCGGCUUUGACUUCCAAGCGUGCCAAGGAAAAUGUGCGACCAAUUUUCUGGAAGAAUCGUACCAAGAGCUAUAUCCAACGUACAGAGACGUGGGACGAGUUCCCCAACGGUCGAUGGGGUGAUUCUCGUUCACCCGCCUUUGGUGAAUUGGACGGUUGGGGCGUUUCUCUCAAAUACCCUACGACUGAAUGCCUUAACAUGUGGGGCAAGCCUGAAACCAUCGAUGAUAUCGCUCUUUUGUUUGCCAAAUACUGUAAAGGUUCCUUGGCCGGUAUACCCUGGAGCGCUCAACAAUUAGAUGCGGAAACCGAAACCAUCCGGCAACGUUUGGCUGCCAUUAACUUACUGGGGUACUUGACCAUUAACUCGCAGCCGGCCGUUAAUGGUGCCAAGAGUUCACACAAAAUCUACGGCUGGGGUCCCAAAGAUGGCUACGUCUUCCAGAAAGCAUACCUCGAAUUCUUCAUUUCACCCGAAAGACUAGACGACAUUAUCAAGAAAAUCAGCAAAGAUCCUCAGGUCACUUACUUUGCCGUGAAUCGACAGGGUGAUUUCCGCACCAAUGCACAGAGCGAUCAGCCCAAUGCUGUGACUUGGGGCGUUUUCCCUGGCAAGGAAAUUGUUCAACCGACCAUUGUAGAACCCAUGGCUUUCAUGGCAUGGAAGGAUGAAGCUUUUGAACUUUGGAACGAAUGGGCUCACAUCUACGACCGCGAAAGUCCGUCAGCAAAGUUGAUUCUGGAUAUUGCCAACAACUGGUACCUGAUCAAUAUUGUACAUAACGAUUUCCAGGAUGAAGGAGGCAUCUGGCGACUUUUUGACUUGGAAAUUGACGGUGAAAUUUCCAGAAAACUGAGACAGUCCUUGGUGUCUGCUCAGCGCUAAAUAAUGGCCCUUGAUGUGAAAGGAUACUCGUUUUUUUCUGGGGGACGUUUUCUUCUUUCCUUUGUCUCGUAUUCAACAUGCAUUUCCUUUUUUUUUUUUUUGUCGCAUAGUAUUCAACUACCCGGGAAAACCACAUUGAGAGGAUCAUUUAAUUUUUGGGCUACUUCAUUUGUCA